CAGCUAGAAUUCGAAGUUUAAGCAACUCAAGGCCUUAAACUCAAUUUCCCCUUUAUCUGACAGAUACCAUCUCCUUCCCCUCAGAUACCUAUACCCUUUCAACCGAAUAGUAGUAUUCGGUUGAACAUAGUAUAGACAAGGCCAAAAAUCAUAAAAAUGGAAAAGAUAUCGCGAUUGACAUCAGAGAACGGUGUGGUGAUCUUCAGCAAGACUACAUGUUGCUUAAGCUAUGCUGUGAACAGGCUGUUUCAUGAACUCAGGGUGAACCCUGUGGUUCAUGAAAUCGAUCAGGAUCCCGAGGGCAGGGAACUAGAGAAGGCCCUGUUAAGGAUGGGAUGCAAAAGCCCCGCGGUGCCAGCAGUGUUCAUUAAAGGAAAGCUAGUAGGCUCAACCAAUGAAGUCAUGUCCCUCCACCUGAGUGGCUCUCUCACUCCCUUGCUGAAGCCAUAUCAGUACUAAAAGUAUGUCGCGGCUCCUACGCUGUACUCUGGUCUCUAUUCUAGAUCGAAAAUAAGCUUGGCUCUGCAGUUCUUUGAGCUGAUUAUUAAGUAGUUGCAUUACCUGGUAUCUACAUGUAUUAAUUAAGCAAGCAGUGUGCUUGCCUGGUGUAGUAUAUUCGAUUUCCUUAAUGAACUUGGCUUAUUCACGAUGUUA